AGGACGCGGCCGCCAUUUUGUGAGGGAGAGUGCGGUGCGGAGCGGAGCGAGCUCUGGGGGCGGGGGUCGAACGGUGACGGCGGAGCAGCGCGGGGUCGGUUCCCGGAGCGCCCUGUGUGUGUCCGUGCUUGUGGGCGAGAGGAGCGGACAGAAGUCGCAGGACUUCUCCUUUGGAGCUUCUGUGCCGAGAAUCCGAUGUUGGGCUCGGCUCCCUGGCUGAAGACAGCAGAUCAGCCCAUGAAAACUUCUAUUCCCAGCCAAAGGAAGGAGUCCAGCACAAGGCAGCACCUCUUCUUUCAGGCUUGGAAGCAAGAAAGGGGACAAGAGUUGGAGAGUGUGGAAUCGGAGAAGACCACUGAGAGGUGACAUUUAAGUUGAAGAUGGGCGGUGGAGAAAGAUACAACAUUCCCGUUCCCCAGUCUAGAAACACCACCAAGAACCAUCAGCAACUUAAAAACAGGCAGAAGAGCAAAGACCCCAAUUCUCAGAUGAAAACCUACGUGAAGAAGGAAAGAGGCCACGGCUGCAGCUCCUCUCCUGGUGCAUGGCAGGCCAUGCAGAAAGGGGGGAAGAACAACGUUCACUUCCCCAAGAAUCCCAACUGGAAUCCUGCUCUGUCCAAUCACAACCUGUUGUUCACCCCUCAGAGCAACCAGAACUAUGCUGGAGCCAAGUUCAGCGAGCCACCCUCCCCAAGUGUUCUGCCUAAGCCACCAAGCCACUGGGUACCUGUUUCUUUUAAACCUUCUGAUAAGGAAAUAAUGACAUUUCAGCUCAAAACCUUACUGAAAGUCCAGGCCUGAGGUGUAACUUGUGUGAUUUUCAGGGUUUCAGAUUUGAGCGUUGCUAUUCCAAACUCCAGGUGUGCCAGGACCAGGUGUUCUUGCUGCAUGUAGUUAGUCACUUGGAGAGGGGUGAAAGUUUACAUUCCCCUCAUCUUUUACCUCAAAAGUUCAGUGCUGUGUUCACCUCACUGUGAAAUAGAUAUUUUCUUGUAAAUCAAUCAAAUCCUGAGCAGUCACCAUUUACUGUAUUUAAGAAGAAAUGGGACUGCGUGCCAAAAUUGGAAUUGUGGCUUUGAAUUGUUAGAAAAACCACCUUUUACCUAACUUAAUGCAGCAUGAACUGAAAACAAAAACGCACUGAAAACUUUAGUCAGGUUAUUUGCUGCUUUUCAGGCUGGUGUGAGAUUUGCUAAACACUCUGCAGAGCAGAAACCUCCACCUGGGCACACGGGGAGGCACAGCUGCUUCUCUUCCCUGCCCUGUGAGCUUUAGUGGCACUCCUGCAGUGGUGGGAGCCCGACACUCCCAUCUGGAAUGUUCUGGAAGGGUGUGGAAGAACUCCUCGGGCAGACCCAGCUGUGCUUCCCAGUAAUCUCCACGAGUGCCAACUAAAGAUCUUGCAUUGCCAGGUGACUGCCAAAAAAGCUCCCCCAAAUGCUUCGUGUGCCCACUGCACUGAGCAGUUCUAAACCACAUUUUUGUAUCAGUUUUUAUAAAAAAAGGUGGAGUAGUUCCUUAGUUUGGUCUUAAAUUGGUUCCCCUGUAACAAUUAAUAGUUUGGAGCAGGUGUUAGAUGUUCUCACAGGGAAGACAGAGCCAUGUAAAUACAUGUAAAACAUUGUAGCAUAUGUAAAUUUCUGCUGGGCUUUCCUGCACAGAAGUAUUUUUAGUACAAAACUGCUGAAUGUAAGAUGACCAUGUUGAGUACGUGGCCUGGUUUAAAAAAAAUAUUUUGUUUAAAAAAAAAAAUUAACAAAAAAAAAGACAUUUGUGGCUGUGCCCUUGCACUUCACAUGCAAUGAAUAUGCACAUUGUAUUUGGUUCUAAUCUCAUUUUUUGGAAGUAAAAUCAGUGCAAAAAAUGCUUAUUUAGAUUUUUUUUUUUU